UACAUCUCAUUAGAGAUCAAUAAAGAAAGAAAUUGUUACAAUUUUCUUCUUUAGAGGAGACCCAAAUAUCUCUUCAAAUUCCUGAAUUAAAAUCCAUUUAAUAAUAUCUGUGUCGAAAACAUAUACUUUGGCAAAAGGGCAUGUGACGGAAUUCAUAGGCUCCCUUCCAAUGUUUAGGGUUUGAAGCAUUUUAUUUGAAGUAUCCGUGCGGAUUUUGAAGGAUUUUGGUCCAAAUUUGAGGGUUUAUUUCAUUGAGGAAUUUGUGAAGUUGUACUAUUUUUCCGGUUUGCUUUUCGCAUAAGAGUUUAUACUGUGAAUUGGGAGGAGGGCUAUUGGGCAAGCUUUAGGUUAUAAUUCAUUUCUCUGUUUUUUUUCUCGCCGUAAAUUUGAGGUCUCUGGUGCAAAUCGGAUGUACUUGCCAUAGUUUGCCUUUUUUUGGGGCUAGACAAGUGUUUUGGUGAUUUGAUUGCAAACGGUCAUUUUGAAGAAACAUUGAAGAUGGGAAAGAGGAAGGAACGGCGGCUUGCAGCCCUAGGCGGGGCGGGGCGCAGGGUUAAACUCGAUCUUUGGACUGACGACGGCGCGCCUAAAAGCGAAGCAACUGGAGCCUUGGCUAGCACCUCUUUGCAUGAUGAAGCUGGAGGCCAUGUCGAUCAGAGUCAUGGCGCUGGGGUCACCUCUUCGCCAUCCUCAUCAGGUCAACAUCAGGAGAACCCUUUAUCGCUUCUUGGUCAGUAUAGUGACGAUGAUUUGGGUGAAGAGGAAAGCCAAGAGACGAAGAAUGCGAUUGCCUCAGAGUCAACAGCUUCAGGUUGUGCAUCUGAACAGGUUGUUGAUUUCCUGGCAGACUUGCAAAACCAUGGACUUCUUGAUGAUAAUUCAGACAAAACGAAAGGCAUUGCUGAAGACAAUAUUAACAUUGAGUGCAAAAGUUCAGAUCUAGUAAAUUCUGUCUAUACUGUUCUGGAAGAAACUGCAAAGGAGGAAACUGUGGUGAAUAAUAAUACAGAAGCACCUGCUUUUGUUAUAAAUGACUCUCAUACAUCAAAUAUUUUAGACCUUCCUAUUGUACAGAAGCAAAGUUUAAAAAGUACAGAAAAUGAAUGGAAAGCUGUUAUGCAUGAAGAAAGUGGUCAGUAUUAUUAUUGGAACAUUAGAACUGGAGAAACCACAUGGGUGAUCCCUUCUGCAUUGGUUGAAGAAGUCACAACAGUUCUUGAAGACACAGUUUUGUUGAAGUUAGAAAGCUCACAAGAUAUUCACUUGGGCUGUAAUGAUGGUAUUACAGAAGAAGAACCUGGGGUUCCUGGUGUUCAAGAGGAACCAAUUUCUAGUUCAAUGCAUCUUCAGGCUUCAGAAGUUUCAGCAAGUGCUUAUUUUGCUAAAGAACAGGAGGAGAUGUCAGAGUUUAAGACUGCAAAUCAUCUUGAGGAACAAGUGAAGGAUGCUAAUGGAGAGGCUCAACAGAAUCAGCCAAAGGUUGAGCUGAAUGAUGCACCGUGCCUAAUACAUGAAUCUAGAUUGGAAAAUGCUGGAAUGUCUAAUUCCAUGGUUUCAGAGCAGACUAUAAAUGUAGAUUCUGUGAUUGAUGAAAUGAAAAUUAGCGGAGUGGGUGUGAUAGAAACUACUAAAGAAUCUGAAGGAAACCAGGAGUUGCCAGCUCUCAAGGAAGAUAUACAUGAACAAAGGCUCAAUCCUUCUGAUCUUCUUAAGUGGAGUGAAACCUUGUCACAAAGAUUUAAGGCUCUUGAAGGGACUAAUGAUUCUGGUCGAGCUCCAACCUUGCAACUAAGGUAUGCUGUGGAAGCAGAAAUGCGCUUUGCUGAUUGUAAAGCGCUUUGUUUGUGUGAAAGCUCUUUGGAACCAUAUUGGCUGCACGUACAAACACAGCUUAAGCGACUUGAAUCUGUUCUCUGUGUUGAAGAGGCUGCAAUUUCAUCCUUAAAAAGUAGAAGUGCAUCUGAGUCUGUGUCAAAUGGAAGUGGUAUGUAUGAAGAAGGUAAAAUACUUGAACCUGUUAAAGAUGAAUAUCAUGAAACCCUUCCAAAGGUUGAACAAUGCAUGGCUUCUCCUAUGGAUGAUCACAUGUCUUCUGAGGAUGAUGGGCAUGAGGAUAAUGGGCAUGUGGUGUCAUCUCAGAAUGAAGAGCACAUUCAUUCUCCUGAGUAUCAGACAAAUAAGGGUACUCCUGAUCCUCCUGUGCAUAUCAGCAAUGACACAAGCAAUGAUUUAGAGGAUGGAGAGAUAAGGCAGUUAGAUGAUUUCAAUGUCACAAAGAUUACUGCAUGUGUUUCUUUAAGUCCUCAGAAAACUGAUGAGCUUCCUUUGAAAGUGGAAGCUUGUACUUCGUUUGAAAGGAUUGUUGAGAAUUCUGAUGUCGCCUGUGAAGAUGUAGACAUGGAAGUUGACAUGGAGGUUGAUGACCAGACUGGUAUAGAAGCAUCAGUUAAGGAGGAAGCUGGGUUAUCAACCAUAGAUAGUCAGGCUGUGGAAACAGUUACCUUUGACCCAUCAUUGCCAUCAGUCACUCCUGUUGUGUCAACUAGUUCAGGAUCCUUAUUCCCAAUACCUGUUGGAGAUAAUGAAUGGGGAGUACCCCCUCAACCUCCAGAGGAAGAAUGGGCACCACCUCCACCUCCAGAUAGUGAUUCAAUUCCUCCACCCCCCCCUGAUGAGCCACCUCCAUCCCCUUCACCACCACUGGCGCCUUCCAAUGGCUAUGAAGAACCAUUAUGCCCUGUACUUACUUACACAGAACAAUAUACUUCAGCUUACGUUCCCUUGGCCAAUUAUAACUACUACCCAUCUGCAAGCACUGCAUCUGACAAUCCCAAUUAUUAUUGUUCCGUUGAUAUUCAAACUGAUGGAACACAGCUGCCUUAUUACAAUCAAACUGCAAAUGCUUAUGCUGAUCAUUUAAGUUUGACUAAUCCUGUUGAAGGUGCAAUAUAUUACGAGUCUUCUAGCAUUGCUGUCCCUGAAAGUGUAGAGUUGAAUAACCCUGAAUAUUCUUCGUACUACGAAAAUGUUGACACAAGUACUUAUUAUGGAAUUUCUGGUGUUACCCCUGAUGUGACACAAGUUUCUUCUGGAAUCAUUACUGCUGUUGCUAGCACUUCCUUGAGUGCCUUGAGUACAGCUGAGGUUCCCUCUAGCCAAGUUUUGACUUGUGUUGCCAGUAGCUCAACUGUCUCUACAGCUUUGGUGCCUUCAAUAGCAGGUGGAACUGCAGGGGUUAAAGGCCAUUCCAAAGAUGUGCGUAGUAAGAAGCGAUCUAUUGCAGCUGUGCCAACCUUAAGAUCCAAUAAAAAGGUUUCAUCCUUAGUUGACAAGUGGAAGGCAGCCAAGGAGGAGCUUCAUGGUAGUGAUGAUGAGGAUGAAAAUGAAAAGGCUUUAGAGGUUCUUGAGAAAAAGCGCCAAAGAGAAAUUGAGGAAUGGCGCAUGCAACAAAUUGCCAGUGGGGAAGCACAGGAUAAUGCAAAUUUUCAGCCUCUUGGAGGUGAUUGGAGAGAAAGGGUGAAAAGAAGAAAAACUCAAAAUAGUUCUGAUAAAUUAAAGUCUGAGACUGCAUCAGUUAAUGCUGAAUCUAAUGGAGUGGUAGAAGGAAAGAAGCCCAACUUAGCAGAACUUUCUAAAGAUCUUCCUUCCGGAUGGCAGGCUUUUUGGGAUGAAUCUUCAGGCGAGGUUUAUUAUGGUAAUUUGACAACAUCAGAAACCACGUGGGACAGACCCAAAUGAUUUUCAACGUAUAAUAUAUUUGGCAAUCUAAUAUUCUUCACUAAGAUUUGUAAUUUGUAGAGAAAGUUCUGUUUGUAAAUUGCAAAUGUCUGGGAAAAAGAAUGCCCACUUCAGAAAUAUCUGUUAAUCUAUUGUUAACGUUCCAGGUGAAGUUCUUUAUAACAUAUUCAGGAUGAAUUGCACCAUUUUGUAUGUUGCCAAAUAAUUUGCUUCGAAAUGGAAGGGCCCAUUUUGAGCCUAGCUAUGCUCAUUGUUUUGGAAAACAAAUUGUAACUUGUAUAGUGUUUUGAGAUGCAGAUAUUACCUUGGGCUAACUACCUAUGAUGCAUUGCAACUCUUAA